AUCAAAUUCAACGGUAAGUCAAUUUUCGAUUAUAAGUGCAUUUUUGGCAGCUGCGUUAACAUCAGUAUUUACUGUUGCUGAUACAAAAAUUGAAAAUCAACAAAAAUUAAAUUUGAAAACAAAAUUUAUCAACGUUUUAACUUCAAUUUUCUUGGAUAUUCAAAAUGUCUGUUCAUUAUAAAUUUAAAAGUUCUAAAGAUAUCGAUACAAUAACGUUUGAUGGCCUUCAUAUAUCUGUUGGCGAUUUAAAAAAAGCAAUUAUUAAUCAAAAAAGAAAGGGUCAUGUGUGGAAAGCAACAGAUUUUGAUUUACAAGUUAUUAAUGCCCAAACAAAAGAGGAAUAUAAUGAAAAUAACAUAUUGAUACCGAAGAACACAUCACUUAUUAUUGCAAGAGUACCUUUAACGAAUCAAAAUAAGGCACAGUGGAGUUCCGAUUCAACACACUCAAUUGAUAAAAAUCAUUUAACAAGUACCGGGAAUAAUAAUUUAGAAGGCUUAAGGGGUGAAUUAGAUUUAUCACAAAUGAGCGGCACCGAGGAAGACAAAAUACAAGCAAUGAUAUCACAGAGUACAAUGGAUUAUGACCCUAAUAAAUAUCAAAAAAUACGCGGCCAAGGGCAGAUUGGUGAAGUUCCUAUCAGUUAUCGUUGUUUCAAAUGCCACAAAUCUGGCCAUUGGAUAAAAAAUUGUCCUCUUAAUAGCUCGAACGAUUCCCAUAGUGAUCACAAACGUGUUUCUGGUAUACCGAAGUCUUUUUUACAAGAGCGUAGUAACAUAAAUAAUGAAAAAAAUGAAACGAAACUUUUGCCGCAAGAUAUUCAAGAAAAAGAAGAUAUUCCUGAAGAUUUAAUUUGUAGUAUAUGUAAAGAUUUGUUCUCAGAUGCCGUUAUGAUACCUUGCUGUGGAAGUUCUUUCUGUGAUGAAUGUGUACGUACAGCUCUACUGGAAUCGGAAGACAACGAGUGUCCCGAUUGUAAAGAAAAAGGUUGCUCGCCUGGUUCUCUUAUACCUAAUAGAUUUUUAAGAAAUUCUGUAAAUAACUUUAAGAAUCGUACGGGCUAUGUCAAAUACCAGCCUAAUGUGAAAGACACAUGUAAAACAAUUAACCCUACAAAUAAAGAUAAUGCAGAAAAAUCAAUUGAAAAAAGUAAUAAAUCUGAUACAAAAUUGAUAGCGAAUGAUCAGUCAGUGUCACCUUCUGAUUCAGUUAAUGUAAAGAAAGACAAUGUGAAAAAAGACAGUGUGAAAUCUUUAAAGGUCGUAGAAGAAAAUGUUGAAAUAGGAAAAAGUGAAAUUAAACAAAUUUCGCCACAUUAUACAGAGUCUAAAGAGAAGGAUCCUGAUUCAGAUUAUGAAGACAAUAUUACUGUAACAAUAUCCCCUCGAAAUAGAGAUUCAUCUAUAAAAUCAAAAUCAUCAGAUAGACGACAUAAAGAUGGCAUUCACUCAUCCAGAUCACCAUCUAACGAAAUAAAGCCCUUGGAAUGUUUAGAUUCAUUUCAACAAUCUUUUGAUUCCAAUGGCCCUAUACAACAGAUUCAGUCUAUUAAUAGUUCUGAAACUUCUGUUGAUCCAUUUACAAAAUCAAAUGCGAUGACUGGUUAUUUUAAGCCUAUGCCAGAAAACAUGGGAAAUUUACCACCAUCCAGACCUCCGAUGCAACCUGGUCCAUAUGAUCUGAAUAAUUAUAACAGAAUGCCUCAUUUAAGAGGCUACAUGUACAACGAUAGACGUCCGCAACAUCCAGGCUCAUAUCCUCCAAUGCAUGCUAGACAAAUGAAUAUGGGUGGUCCAGGUCCUCGUUAUAUGGGACCAUCUUCGAAUUUAAUGUCAGUAUAUCAAGGAAUAGCCAAUAAAGUUGGUACAGGCAUCAUUGACGAUCCUUUGGAAGCUUUUAAUCGAAUCAUGAGAGAAAAAGAAAAACGAAAAGAGAAAGAACGUAGGAGGUCUUUUGAAAGACACAGGUCUAUGGAGAGACACAGAUCGCGGUCGAAUGAAAGAAGAUUUCCCAUGAACAGAAAAGUUUCACCAUUCAAUAAAAGGCUUGGGCGUAACAGAUCUCCAGAGUAUAAAAAAGAACGAGAACGACCAGUAUCUCGUGAAAGAGAUAGAAAACCGCAUCAUUAUAGAGAUGUAGAAAGAGAUAGAGAACGUGAUAGAGAACGUGAAAGAGAUCGUGAUAGAGAACGAGAUCGUGAUCGCGAUAGAGAUAGAGAAAGGGAUAGGGAUAGAGAUAGAGAUAGGCGUCCUGACAACUAUAGAGAUGUUAAACCAGUCGAUGAUUAUAACAGAGAGCGAGACAAAAGAGGUGUAGAAGAAUUUUAUGACAGAAGGGAUGACUUUAGAGAUAGAAAAUUGGAUGAUUACAGAAAGGAUCGGGUUGAGGAUAAACGACGACGGAGAAGCCGUUCAAAUUCCUUUAGUGACCGAAGCAUACGAAACACUCCAGAGAAACGUUUUGAACGCAAUAGCAUCGGACGUUUUGAAGGAAGAAUGCGCUUAUCACCAGGAAGAUUUUCUCCUGCUCCACAUUCUAGACAUUCACCUAUGCACAUGCGACACUCUCCUGGAGCCUUAAGACAUUCACCCAUUCAUAUACGAAAUUCUCCAACAACAAGUUCUCGUAUGUCACCUUGCGGGCAUAGUAGAUUAUCACCAGCAUCACAUUUGCGUCCUUCUCCGUUAUCACACGUCAGACAUUCCCCUCCUUCUCAUGGUCGGCAUUCACCAUUAUCGCAUGUACGCCAUUCUCCAUCACAUUAUCAUACUAAAGAUAUACUGCAGAGAUAUGAGGAGGCCCCUCCUGGAACUAUUGAACCACCUCCACCAGGUUUUGAAUUUCCCUCUAAAUCAAAUUACAAUAUUUGGAGCCCAAAUGAGUUUAACAAUGCACCAAAAUCAACAAAAAAAGAUUUUUAUGGUGAAGAUCCAUUUGAUAUGUAUUUUCCACCUAAGGAACACUUUGAUGAUGAGUCAGAAGCUAUUUACGGAGAUUUAAACAUUAAAUCAGAUCAAGAGAAAAAUAGACCUAAAACAAGAAGCCAUUCAAUUGAAUCACUGAAUAGGUUUAAAGAUAUCUCUCGCAGUCAUCAAACAUAUAGGAAAAAAAGUCGUAGUAGAAGUCAAUCUUCGAAUAAAAUUAGUAAAACUAUUCGAGAAGAAACGCUUCAGGUAUCGCAGAAUAAUAGUAGUCAUAGUAAAAACAAAUCCAAACGUAGCUCAGAAAAAGAAAGAUCAGACACUAAUAGCAAAUAUUUGAAAAAUCAACAACAAAAUGAUGAGAACAAGAGAGAGAAUGACGAUCGAUAUAACCAACAGUCACAACAAAAUCUAAUGAAGGAUGAUGAGAAAAAUAGAAAAUCGAGUGAAAAAUUAAGUAAAAUGAAGGUAUCGAAAAGUGAAAAACAUAGUGAUAGUGAGAGUGGGAAGAAAAACAAAAAAGUAAAAAAAGAAAGCAGGAAAAAGAAAAAGGAAAAAGAAGAUAAGGACAAAAAACAUAGAAAAAAAAAUAAAGACAAAAAAGAUAAACUUAAAUCACAGAAGUAUUUAAGUAAAGAUUCAAAUAAAACAAAUACUCCACCUAAAACUACUAGCGAAGAUGAAAAUGACAAAAAAAUAGUUGCAGUUCAAAAAGAUCCAGCAGAAAUCAAUGAAGAAGUAGAUAAAACUUCUCUUAAACCAAAGGAUAAAUCAGACGAUGAUGAUAAAAAGUCAAGAACAAGUAGCAAUGAUGGUACUGAUGAGACUGACGAACAUUUUGAUGAAAACAGCGGCCGGGAGAAUGAUUUUGAUUUAAAUACGUCAGCUGAGAGUGGUGAAAUUAUUGAUGAUAAUUUCGAAACAUCUUUUCAGGCAAAUAAUAUUACACCAUUACCUGAACCAUCAAAGUGGGAACUUGAUGAUGAACUUGUGAUUUACCAAGGAGAUCGUGAGCGUGAGGAUAAAAUUGAUGUACAAAACCGUUUAGAUAAUAAUAUUAAAAAUUUACCUGGCAAAGUAACAAGCGAAGUUAUAAAAAGAGCAGAAAAUGCAAUUUUUACAAGAACAACCACCCAAAUAAGACCAAUAGAAAUAAAAAAAAUUGGUUCAACAAAUGAUUUUGAUUCUUCUUUUGAUAAAAAAGAAAAUUCAAUUAAAUCUUUUACAAUAAAACAUAAAUCGAUAAAAGAUCGUUUAGGACCCCUGAUUAAUCCAAAUAAUUUAUUAUCAUCGUCCAUGCCGACUGUUAUAGCUUCUUCAUUUGAUAGAAGUAGUAAUAACAAAAAAUACGAUUUAGACAAUGAUAAAAAGAACCGUAAUAAAGACCAAAAUAACGAUGAUAAUAUUAAAAAUAUUAGAGAUAAUAAAAAUGUUGAGCAUAGGCGAUUGAGCAGAAGUAGAAGCAGAGACCGAUGUAGAGAUAGAGAAAGAGAUCGGGACAAAGAAAAAGAUAGAGAAAGUAAACAUCGCGAAAGCAGAAUAAAAAGCAAAUCAAGAAGUAAAGAAAAGCAAGAAAUAACCUCCAGUAGAAGAAAUAGUUUUGAUAGAAGAGAUCUAAAAGAUGUAAAAUCAUCAACCGGAGGAAUUAGUAAUAUUUCAAAUAGUAGUUAUAAUAAAGAUAAAAAACGUGGGAGAUCUCCAUCCCCUGAUGAGAUAAAAAACAAAAAAUCCAAACAGGAACAUUAUAAUAGAAGUAGAAGUCAAAGAAAACGAUCAUUAUCCUCAUCAAACAAGGCAAUAGCUAAAAAAAGAGAUUCAUCAACAGCACACAGCACAACUGAUUCAGAGGAAGACCGUAAUCAAAGUAAAAAAAUCAAACAUAAAUAUAAUGAGAAAGAUAGAAGAGAUACAGUUUCAAGAAGGUCAUCAUCCGUUGAUUCAAGAAAAAGUUCAAAAUCUAAGAAAAAGAAAAAGAAAUCAAGUAAAAAAAAGAAAAAGAGUAAAGAUUAAAAGCCUUAUUUUUUAUUUCAAAAAUAUUUUUCAAAUAAAGUAAAGUAUAUUCUUUAAUUAUAAAAAAACAAACAACAAAAAAAUAUUUUUUUUCUUUUUUAUGUUAUUAAUUUCUUUUUCUAAAUUAAAUUUUUUCGUAUUAAAUGAAAAAAUAAGAGCAUAUUUUGAGACUUUGAAUUUAUUUUAUUUUUUGAGCGACUCUUACAUGAUUUUGGCCAAAAAUGAUUUUACAAACGAGAAUAAUUGCAAAUAAAGAAGGAAAGUUGUUUCGUUUAAGGAUAAAACGCUUAACGAUUGAACGGUUUGUUUUCAAAGAAAUACUUUUAGAUCCAAAUAUUUUUUAUCAAAAUAUAAAAAUAAAAUUAUAUUAUUUUGAGUUGUAAAGUUGAGUUGAAUUAAUACGGGCGGUACAUACAUACUUCUUCAAAAUUAUUUGAAAUCUUAUUAACCAAUUGAACUAAGUAUUCGUAAGCCUUCACAAAAUAUUGUAACAGACAAAAAAUUAAACUCUAGAGGUUUAUUAAGGAAAAAAUAAUUAUAAGAAAUGUAAUUUAAUUUUACAAGAAUGAAAUUUAGAAUGAGUAUUUAUUUGUUUCAUAUUCACCACAAUAAGAAAACACGGAUACAAUACUGCUUACUUUUCUAAAAUCAAAACUAAAGAUAGAUUUUUUAUUUUCGUUUUGUUUUUAUGAAAAAUUUUAAUAAUAUUUUUAUUCAAGUGAUUGGGGGAUAGUGGCGGUUAUAUUUUUAUUAAAUUUCUAUUCAAUUUAACUUAUACAUAUUUGAUUUGAUUCCAAAAUAUCAAAAUUAUUUAUUGAUUUUACAAAUUAUCAAUAAAAAACUAACUUCGUUUUAAAAAUUUCUAGUCCAGCUUCAUUUGGUCUUACUUUCAUUUCAAUAACUUUAUUUCAGUUAAGUAAAAAAAUUCAGUAACCAGAUAGUAGGGCAGUGCUUGAAGGUAUCAACGAGGUAUUUUUGCUUAGUUUUUAAAGCAUAUUUUACAUCUUAAAUUUUUUGGUUUUAUUCAAAUGGAUUUAAGAGGUAUAAAACUGUGUGACUUGGAAUAAUGUAGUGUGCCAAAUUUAAAAAUUAUUGAACGUGACUAAUUAAUGUGUUAUAUGUAUUCAAGUAUAUGUAUUCGCUUUACAGUGCAUUGUUAUAUUAUAUCUUCCUAUAUGGGUAAAGUUUUUGUAUGAAGACAAUGUUUUCAACUCAAUAGGUUUCUAGAUACAGGUACUUAAAGCCAAUUUCGAUUGUCGCCUUUACCUCUUGAAAUAUUAACUAUCUCCGUUUUUAUAGACGUUUCACAAUAUUUUUACGAAAUAGUAAAAUUUAUAUGUUGCUUAUGAAGUCAAUACAUUUUUGGAGUAAUUGAGCAUUUAAAGUUUCUUUUAAAAUUGAGUAAGGAAAUAUACUCAAUUUAAUAAACUCCACCGGUCGGUUUCUAAAAUAUUAAUAUAU